ACUUCUUCAUGGGGGGAGUGAGCAGUUCACUCUUCUCAGACAGGCGGACAUUGCGAGGAACCGAGAAGCAAGAGGACGUUGUAGUAGUAGGUCAAACUGACAAGUUAUCACUCAUUUAAAUGGAGGGAUGCAUCCCCCUUUGACUUGAAACUGUUAGCCGGUAGUUCGGAGGAGGCGCAAAUGAACAUUGUGCAGCAGCAGCAGCAGCAGCAGCAGGAGAACAAGAAGCAGAAGAAGAAGCAGCAGCAGCAGCGCCAAACUCACUAUGCACCCGGAGUGAGCACACGUAGGGAGACAAUACGGACCCGCCGGCUCACCGAGGAGCCACAUUUUCCUCAUCGGGACUCUCCUUUUUCCCCAUUCCCCCUAAAUCUAGCCGUAGUGUGGAUAUUCUUCCCCCUUUAUUGACCGAUAGAGAGCAAAUUGACUUCACAGCGAGGACAAGUGGUUUGAUCUGCAAACUCCAGCCAUGACGUCUCCGGCCAAAUUCCGAAAGGACAAGGAGAUUGUGGCCGAAUAUGAAACUCAAGUUAAAGAGAUACGUGCCCAGCUGGUGGAGCAGCUCAAAUGUCUGGACCAGCAGUGUGAGCUCAGAGUGCAGCUGCUGCAGGACCUGCAGGACUUCUUCAGAAAGAAGGCGGAGAUCGAGAUGGACUAUAGCCGCAACAUGGAGAAGCUGGCCGAGCGCUUCCUCACCAAGACGCGCAGUACCAAGGACCACCUUAUGAAGAAGGAGCAGAGCAUCCUAUCUCCAGUGAACUGCUGGAACCUGUUGUUGCUUCAGGUGAAGAGGGAGAGCAGAGACCACGCCACACUGUCCGACCUCUACCUCAACAACAUCAUUCCUCGCUUUGCACAGAUCAGUGAAGACUCAGGACGCCUCUUCAAAAAGAGCAAAGAAGUUGGCGUGCAGCUGCAAGAGGACUUGAUGAAAGUUCUCAAUGAGCUUUAUUCGGUGAUGAAGACGUACCACAUGUACAACACCGACAGCAUCAACGCAGAGUCCAAGCUGAAGGAAGCAGAGAAGCAGGAGGAGAAACAGAUGGGGCGCUCUAGUCGCCAAGACGAUCGCCAGACACCACGCUCGCCAGACACGCUCGCCAGCAUCAAGGCUGACGACAAACCCAUCCGCCGCUCCAGUGUCAAAAAAAUAGAAAAGAUGAAGGAGAAGAGACAAGCCAAGUACACAGAGAACAAGCUGAAGGCCAUAAAGGCCAGGAAUGAAUACCUGCUUGCUCUUGAGGCCACCAAUAGCUGCGUCUUCAAGUAUUACAUCCAUGACCUUGCCGACAUCAUUGACUGCUGUGACCUGGGCUACCACGCCAGCCUCCACCGUGCCUUGAGGACCUACUUGUCCGCAGAACAGAACGUGGAGACGUCCAAGCACACCGGUUUGGAGACACUAGAGGGGGCAGCUGAAAGCUUGGAGCCCAAUGGAGACAAACAGAAGCUGAUGGAGACCUACAACAACGUAUUCUGCCCCCCAGCUCGCUUUGACUUCCAGUCGCACAUGGGAGACACGAUGGGAGUUGUGUGUGCACAGCAGCCACUGGAAGGUGAGCUUCUCCAGAGGUGUCAGCAGCUUCAGUCCCGUCUCUCCACGCUAAAGAUCGAGAACGAAGAGGUGAAGAAGACCAUGGAGGCCACUCUGUCCACCAUACAGGACAUGGUGACAGUGGAGGAUUAUGACGUGUCCGAGUGCUUCCACCACAGCAACAGCAUGGAGUCUGUCAAGUCCACAUUCAGUGAAUCCUAUCUGAGCAAGCCCAGCCUCGCCAAGAGGCGUGCCAACCAACAGGAAACGGAGCAGUUCUACUUCACGAAGCUGAAGGAAUUUCUUGAAGGUAGGAACCUGAUCACCAAGCUGGAGGCCAAGCAUGACCUCAUUCAGAAGACCAUAGGAGAGAGUCAGAAGACUGACUGUUGCCUUGCCAGUGGCCGGAGAAACUCUGCAGUAAGGAAACAGGAAUCAGGUGAAGCCAUUCCACUGAUGGUCGAGAGCUGCAUCCGCUUCAUCAGUCGCCAUGGUCUGCAGCAUGAGGGCAUUUUUAGAGUCUCAGGCUCUCAGGUGGAGGUCAAUGAUAUCAAGAAUGCAUUUGAACGAGGUGAAGACCCGUUGGCAGGGGACCAGAAUGACCACGACAUGGACUCGAUUGCUGGUGUCCUCAAGCUCUACUUCAGAGGACUGGACCACGCCCUUUUCCCAAAGGAAGUCUUCCAUGAUCUCAUAUCCUGUGUCUCAAUGGAGAGCCUCCAGGAGCGCGCUGUCCACAUUAAGAAAGUGCUGCAAUCUUUGGCAAGCAAAACUCUCAUCAUCAUGAGAUACCUGUUUGCCUUCCUCAACCAUCUGUCUCAGUACAGUGAGGACAACAUGAUGGACCCCUACAACCUGGCCAUCUGUUUCGGCCCCACCCUGAUGUCUGUCCCUGAGGGCCACGACCAGGUGUCCUGCCAGGCACAUGUCAACGAACUCAUUAAAACUAUCAUCAUCCACCACGACACCAUCUUCCCCAGACUGCAGGACCUUCAGGGCCCCAUCUACACCAUCCCUGGAGCUGGUGAUGACUUCUGUGACAGUCCCCACUGUGAGCCCCCCCUUGUGGAAGAGCCAGCACCUGACACCGUGUCCGUUCGCCACAACAGCGAAGAUGGCACCUUGGCUGUUUCAGAGUCCGACCCAGUUGAAGCCAUUGCUCGGUUCGACUAUUCCGGCCGCACCAGUCGAGAGCUGUCCUUCAAGAAGGGUGCCUCUUUGCUUCUGUACCAGCGAGCGUCUGAUGACUGGUGGGAAGGGAGACACAAUGGAGUGGACGGACUGGUGCCACAUCAGUAUAUUGUGGUCCAGGACAUGACUGAUGGAGGUCGAGGCAGCCCAAAACCUGAUGUGGACAACAGAGACCAGCUAGAGGAGAGGGUUUCCACUCGAGGAAGUGCUGCGUCACCCACUGGAGCUCACGUGGCUGACAUCUACCUGGCCAACCUGAACAAGAUGAGGAAGCGUCCAGAGUCUGGGAACAUCAGAAGAACAUUCCGAAGCUCAGAUAGCGAUAGCCCAGGAGCCAGUGGAGGUGUGAGGACUGCAUCUCUACCUGUUGGCGGAGCUCUGGCAAAAGAGUCUACUGACAAACGUCCUGUUAGUGCUCACAGCAUCCUCAACUCCAUCACACGCCACUCCUCGCUGAAGACCAAAGUGGAGAGCCCUCAGCUGCGGAAAACAACUCCAGCAGGACGCUCCAAGAGCUUCAGCAACCACAGACCUCUGGAACCUGAGGUCAUAGCACAGAUGGAGCACAGCUCACAGGACAUUGAGGCAGCUAUGAGCUCCGCCCUGAGUGAGCUCAGGGAGUUGGAACGACAGAGCACCUCCAAACACACCCCCGACGUGGUCCUCGACACACUGGAGCAGCUGAAGGGUGUGAGUGGUGGAGGAGGGGGAACCUCUGAACCCUCCAGCCCACUCCACUCCCGCCUGUUGCGUGACAGCGAGGGGGGCUCCUCACACGCCCACCCGCUCCAGCGCAGCGCCUCCUCAGCUAGCGACGUACCCUCCUCCUUCCGAGCCGCCAAGGGCCAGCCGAGGAGCCCCCUUCCCUCCGCCACGUCACCUUCGCUGUCCUCUUCUUCCCUCUCCUCAUCCGUCCCUUCCUUCAGAGAGCUGCGCCCGCCGGCAACGAGGCCCAAGCCGGUAGUGUUCCCAAAGAGUGGCGGAGGGAGUGGCAGUCCAGCGAUGGGGUCCCCAACAUCCACCGUGCCCCCUACACCUCCUCCUCCGCCCGUGGGGCACACACACUCCCUCCCGCACACCCCUCCUCCACCACCUCCACCCCAGUCUAAUGACAAAUCCUGCCCGGCUUAGCACGUCUUUCCUUCCUAGCCCUGCUUGAAUCUGAUCACAGCUCUUCUAGCACUUAGUUUGUUCUUCACACUCCCUCACUCACUACACACUGUAGCACUCACAGGUCACGAGGGUUUGUAGAUGACACAAGUGCGUCUUUCACAAGGGAACAAGGUUGGACACGCUGACCUAUCAGCAUUUGCAGCUUUCGUACAAUAGCUAGUUUUCAGUGGGCGGGACCGAAGUGUUGCUUGACUUCACACAGAGAUUUAUGUGAGGGAUAAGCACUGUUUAAUUCUUCUUCUUUUUUUUGGUAUAAUUUUACCGGAUGGGACUGUUUGAUUCCUAAGAAGAGACUGUGAAAUUUUGAAGCUCUCGUGAUAUGAAACACACUGUCUUGCUGCUUCAACCAUGGGACUCUGGAUUGAAAGAAAGAAAAGAAAAAACGGGGCCAAAUAUGAGUGCGCGCGAGAGCUUUAUCUAUUCAUCUGUGUUUAUUACUGUUCGUGCCACGACAGGAGCUUGGGCCACUAAACUCUUGAAUCAAGAUCAAUUCUAAAUAUAGCAAUAAUAAAAGCUGGUAGUUUGAGGCAUUAUGCUGCUUUUCUCCUGCAGCUCUUCUUCUUAUGUGCAGGGGACCACUGAAAGCCAGCAUUUUUUUUGUACAUGUGAUGUUGGACUGUAUACACACAUUUUCAACAUGUGUGUGUGUAUGUGGUGUUUUGUGGCAGCUAAACACCUUUCAGGUUGCAUGCUGUGGCCAUUAGACAGCAGCUGACAGCAUCAUUUAUGUAUCUGCAAUACCGGCGGGAGGGUUACUAUAAAAAAAAAAAAAAGUCAGCUUGCUCAUAUAAUUAAACUUCACACCUUGCAGUAAAUAAGAGUUUAAUGGUUCUAAUGGUGUUUAUGUAUGUUUAUUAAUCAUGAGGGUAACUGGAAGCCUGGAGCGGAGGAGGGUCUUUUUUUCCAGUGUGUUUAGCUAGAAGCACAACCAACCACCUCAUCCAAUUUCUUAUUAAGCAAACUUUUGUUCUGCCUGUUCUUUUUCACUGUUACUGUUUUAUGGUCCAAUGUGUAACUGUGGUGGUGUAUGGUUGUAUGUAUGGGAGCAUGCUUGGAUGGAUGGAUGCACCAUUGCAAGGGGCAAAAAAAAAAGUCCAUCGUUCGCAAUGAUUACCAAUGUAUUGUCAAUCUUGUUAUUAGAAAGAUUCCGCGCAACAAACUCCACUACACAGGUCACACACAACCACAACACCUUUAGACGAGUGGCCAAAGAACUACCCAUUCUUUUAUGGGAGUAGCUUCAUUAAACAGAUGAUUUGCAACUAGAUCAGGACACAAAUUCCUAAAAGUGCUAAUUCCCCAGGUGAUCUUGUUUGGUAUUUGUCCAUUUCUUUCAAAUAGACACUGCAUCACACUCCCUCUACCAGGUAUUGAAUUGUGUACAUGUUUUUUUUAGCCUCUGUAUAAUGAUUGCAUAUUAUUUGUAUUUGUGUUGCUCUUACCUCAUCAUGACAACUGGAGGGACUGGGACUGUGACUGUGGCUGUGGGUGGUUGGUGCGUUUGUCUCAAAUCAAAUUAUCUUGCACUUGAACAAGUUGGCUUUGCGUGUGGACUAACUGUGUGUGGGGGGUGAUUUAUCAAGAUUUGUCAAAUAUGCAUUUGUGUCCUUUCUGGAAACAGCUGAACUAAAAGACAAAAAAAAAAGAGACUGUAAUGUCAAAUCUAUUUAUAGUCGUCUUUGUUUUACUGGCGAAACCUGUGUUCAGAUGUACUUUGUAUAUACAAUGUUGUACAUUACAGAGGUACACUCUUUUUUUUGGUACAAUAUUGUACAGUAAUAUCAAUAGUGGUUUAAUCACAUAGGCCUUAUAUAAUUCCAUGUGUAGUUCUUGUUGUAGAUUCUUUUUUUUCUUUUUUUUAUUAAACAUUGCUUGCUAUAAUGAACCUGGACUUGAGCAAUCC